CGGAAGUUUCUUUAGUUUAACAAGGGAAGCUUCGAGACUAAUAUAUUUCUGGUUUAUUUUGGAUUAUUUAGAAAGAAGGACACCUCAUUCAAAAGAAAUAUGGUGUCGCUAAAUCCAGUACAGAUCUUUAAUGCAGGAGCAGAGGAGGAAAAGGCAGAAACUGCUCGAUUGUCCUCAUUUGUUGGAGCCAUUGCUAUUGGAGAUCUGGUUAAAAGCACGCUUGGGCCAAAAGGGAUGGACAAAAUUUUACAAAGCUCUGGUGGAAUUCAAGUAACUAAUGAUGGAGCUACUAUCCUGAAAUCCAUUGGAAUUGACAACCCAGCAGCAAAAAUCUUAGUUGACAUCUCAAAAGUCCAAGACGAUGAGGUAGGGGACGGGACCACAUCAGUCGUAGUGCUGGCCAGUGAACUGCUGAGGGAGUCAGAGGCGUUGAUUUCCCAAAAGAUCCACCCCCAGACAAUCAUCACAGGAUGGAGGAAGGCCACAGAUGAGGCCCGGCGGGCCCUACAGAGCUUUGCCCGGGACAAUGGAAAUAAUGAGGCCAAAUUCCGAGAAGAUCUGAUGAACAUUGCCCGCACCACCCUCAGCUCCAAGAUCCUCACCCAGUACAAGGAUUACUUCUCCAAGCUAGCCGUGGAUGCAGUUCUCAGGUUAAAGGGCAGUGGCAAUCUAGAUGCAAUUCACUUAAUCAAGAAAUCUGGAGGAGGAUUACAAGACUCGUAUUUAGAUGAAGGUUUCUUGUUGGAUAAGAAAAUUGGAGUAAACCAACCAAAGAGAAUUGAAAAUGCCAAGAUCUUAAUCGCCAAUACACCUAUGGACACAGACAAAAUUAAGGUAUUUGGAAGCAAAGUGAAAGUAGACGCUGUCUCAAAAGUAGCUGAACUAGAAUUAGCAGAAAAGGAAAAGAUGAGAGACAAAGUCAACAAAAUCAUCAAGCAUGGCUGUAAUGUGUUCAUCAAUAGGCAAUUAAUCUAUAACUACCCUGAGCAGUUGUUUGCUGAUGCCGGGGUGAUGGCCAUUGAACAUGCAGACUUUGAAGGAGUGGAGAGAUUGGCAUUGGUUACAGGUGGUGAAAUUGUGUCCACGUUUGACGCCCCUGAGAGCGUUCGUCUAGGAAAAUGUAAGCUGAUUGAAGAAGUGAUGAUUGGCGAGGACAAACUCAUUAAGUUCUCUGGAGUGGAGAUGGGUGAGGCCUGUACCAUUGUACUGAGGGGCGCCACCAAACAGAUCCUGGAUGAGGCUGAGCGGUCCCUCCACGACGCCCUGUGUGUCCUGACCCAGACCGUCAAGGAAACCAAGACUGUGUUCGGCGGAGGAAGUGCCGAGAUGCUAAUGGCUGAUGCUGUCUCUAAGCUGGCAGCAAAGACUCCUGGGAAGGAAGCUGUGGCCAUGGAGGCUUAUGCCAAGGCUUUGAGAAUGCUACCUACCACCAUUGCUGACAAUGCUGGAUAUGACAGUGCCCAGCUGGUCUCAGAACUAAGGGCUCUACACACAGCCGGAAAACACACAAUGGGACUAAACAUGAAGGAAGGCGAGGUAGGAGACAUGGAGAAGCUCGGGAUCACCGAAUCCUUCCAGGUGAAGCGCCAGGUGUUGAUGAGUGCCUCGGAGGCCGCCGAAAUGAUCCUACGUGUCGAUGACAUCAUCAAAGCGGCUCCACGACCACGACAACCCGAUCAUAGGCACCACUAAGUUACAUUGUGUUUGAUAGUGACUUCUGAUGCUUGAACUUGUGAACAAAUUUAUAAUAUUAUAAACCCUUCAGUGUAAUAUUUAACCAUUUUUUUUGUACAUCAAAUGAAUAAAACAAAAAAUCUGUCUUCA